UUCUGCUUCAAUUGAAACUCCUGCUUAUGGACUCAAAACUUGGUUUUAGAUUACGAACAUGUUUAUAUAUGCUUCAGUUAAAUUAGAGGUAAACCAUACCAUUUAGAUGGUCCUGCUUUAACUGGUGAAAUUAUAAACUUACAGCCUUAACGCGUCACGAAUACUUAUCGAAUAAAGGGAUAAUAAAAGUCAUGAUAUUUGGAUAAGUUAAUAUAAGGUAAAAAAAUAAAUAAAUAAAAGAAAUAAUUAUCAAAUACAUAAUUAAAGAUAUAAAAAAAUAAUUAAUACCUAUUUACCAGAUUUGCCUAGAUUAAGAUGACAAAAUUAGUACUUAUUCAUCAUUUACUCAUUAUUUGUUUUCAGUAAAACUGACUCUGUUUUCUUGCAGGCAAUGCAAAACGGUGAUGGCUUUAUCAGACUUGGUAAAAACUACCUCCACAGACCUCAAAAAAGUAUCAGUUACUAUCCAAACUACUCUGGCAGAACUAAAGAAGCUUCAAGACAAUCAGGAGGCUAGCAUUCAGUCUGUGCAAAUUUCAUAUGAUGAGCAGUUACACAAGAUUCAGGAAACUCGGCAAAAAAUACUUGCAGCCUUAGACCUGCUUGAAAAGAAGACACUGAAGGAAAUGAAAGAUACUCUUACCAAACUGCGAGCCCUUCUAAAAAGUGAUGUUGACAAAUGUAUAUUUUUUUGAAAGGAAUUAAAACAACUUAGAGAUGCUAUUCAGGACAUAAGUGGUAAAAGCAAACAAGAACUUUCUGUUAUAGCCAGCAUUAAAUGUGAGGAGGAAAUACAAGAGUUUGAAAAAUAUCGGAAGGAGAACUUUGUUCAAGUUAAAUCUUCAAUAACUUUUCAGCCUAAUAGUGAAAUUAUGCAGUACCUUUCCCAGUUGUCAGGUCUUGGAAGUGUUGAGCACAGUACUCAGACAUUAACAGUGCGUGGAAAUCCAGACCAAAUCAUAAAGAUUGAUGGAAAGUCUGAGUAUGAUGUACGCGCACAAGGUGAUUCAACUUGCUGUAUCAGAGACAUAUGUGUUCUCCCAACUGGACUAGUCCUCGUUGUAGACAGCAAUAAUAAUAAUGUCAAGCUGCUAAACCAGCAGUACCAGCUGGUGAGUCACUGUAGUGUAUCACACGAAUCACUGUGCAUAUGUCAGAUCACACCCAGUGAGGUUUGUGUUACUGUUGGUGCAGAGGUCCAGUUUAUCAAAAUCAAAAACAACAAGCUGGUAAAAGAAAGAAAGCUCAGGUUUCAACAUCACUGUUAUGGUAUUGCCUAUCACCAAGGAGACCUGUUGUUAACCUCUGGUACUUCCCUGUACAAGUACUUGCUGGAUGGUAAACUAGUCAGCACACUUCACAAGGAUGACUCAGAUAAAUGGACAGUAUGGAGUUGUGCAGUGAGCCUGACAGGUGACAAAUUGUAUAUCACGAACUUCCCCCAGGACAAGCUCCUCACCCUUGCCAGGGAUGGAUCAGUCCUUUCCAUCUUCAUGGACCCUGAAUUGGAAUGGCCAAAUUGUGUACAUGUGACACCUGCAGGCCAGGUGCUGUUAUGUGGAAGGUGUUCCAAAACUAUCCUACAGGUGGACAGCCAGGGCAGUAGGAAGCUGGCCACUCUGGCUACAAAGAGGGAUGGGCUUCUGUUCCCAUGGUCAGUCUGCUACAACAGCACCACUGACUCCAUUAUUGUGGGACAAAAUAACAACAACAAGAUCCUGGUGUACAAAGUGAAAUAGCUUAUCAUUCUUGAAUCUGAUGUGUGCAAUCAUGAGUUAUAAAACUUACAAUAAAUAUUAGCUGUUAGUCAAUAAGUGCUAUGUUACAAAAUAUAUUAUAUGUGUCUUGUGAAGUUAUUAGUGAUAUAACUGGCAAAAGCUGUUUGUGUAAUAGUUUUGUGUUACAAUGAAUCAAUUAUUUUGAAAUGUGGAUACUUCUAUUUAAAAAAAAUAAAUAUGUUAUCACUCAUGAUGUUUUUAGAAUUUGAUUUAUUAGAGGUGUAUCAACGAGUUGAUUGAUUGAUUUAUUUGCUCUUUCAAGUGGCUUCAAUCAUCAUUGGAAGACUUAUUGAGGGAUAAUAAUAGCUAAUAUAUUGUCAUUAAUAGUUUUCACAUUAAAACUUAUUUUAAAUACAUUGUUUGUUUUGAAGAGUUUGUAUGAUUGUUUUCCAUCAUUUGGCGCUUGCUUCGCUUAUCAUAAUUUUGUAACUAGUGUCUAGAUGAUACAAAGAUAAUAAAAGGUUACUGCCUGUUAGAUUUGUCAUAUAUCAGGCGGAGCUUAGAAUAAAAUAAUGGUGAAGCUUGCCAAGCCCUAAUUUUGAUUCCGGCAAAGCCUGAUAUUUUACAAAACAAUCAGGCAGUUAUCUAUUUUUCUGUUUAUCAAACCAUAACGCCCCAAUGUUAAAAGAAAUAAUGUCAUAUUAUUGCUGCAAUGCUGCAUUUUUAGCGAGAAUGAAUAUGAUUUUUGAUGUUUGACUUGUUUAUGAUGACGUCAUGAGCAUUGUCAGGGCCCUCUCUUGCCGCCAGGGGAAGCCACCCACAUCCCUCAUGAAGGGGAAUUUCACGUUGUUUUGGGCGAAAAGGGGAAUUUUAGAAGAUCUUUUCACCAACCAUUCAACACCUAAAAUUGCUAUAUUUUAAUGUGAUUUACAUAAGUAUACAUUUAAUCAAAGGUUAGUAGCAUUAUACCAGCUGGCAACAUAGGUAUAAAGUAUAAAAAAGGGGGAAUUUCUAGCUGAAAAAGGGGAAAAAAGUAUACUUUUUUCAUGGGGGAAGCCGCCGAUAUUCGGCGGUAAAAAGUGCAAAACAAGGGCCCUGAUUGUGCUCAAUACUUGUAAAAUAUGUGUUUUGCUGUGUAAAAUAGAAUAUUACACCUUUUAUCCAAUAGUUUUUUCCUUGAAUCUGAUUAUAUUGUACUAAAAAUGAUAACCUUACUGUUUAUUCUGUAUGUUUCAUUAUUUUUUAAAUAUCAUUUAUGAAAAUCUUACUAUAAGAAAGAAUACGGCUUAUUUAUUUGUUUAGUUUUUUGGGAUUUUCAGUAUUUAGUCUUCCGAUCACGUUUACUCUGAUGCUAAUAACUAAUGAGACCAUCACUAAUUCGUAUUUUUAUAAAGAAGAAAAUAUAUUUAUGAAUACAAAUUUAUUUGUACUAAUUAUGAUUUAUUUGCGCUAUUAUUUAAGAGAUUUGAUGUUUAUUUCGGAUUAUUUUAUUGUUUUGUUGCCUAAACAAAAGUCCUUUAUACAUGUUAAACAUUACUGUAACCAGUGUUUUUACCAACCAGUCAGUGCGUAUGCUCGGAAAAUCCUGAAUAUAAACAAUAACAAUUUA